CAUUCGCCCUCUCUCGCCUCCACUCGGUCGCUGCUGGGCUCUGCCACAUCGCCGUCUUCUUCCUCACGCGAGCGGCCGCCUCAAUCGGGCUCCCCCAUCAGUCGCGGGUUGAGCCCGGAGCGAGACGGUCCUUCCAAGAAGGCGACCGAGCAGCGCGGCCUUUAGAGUGCCGGGAAAUGGAGCUCAAUAGCCUUUGCCUCGGCUGCUUCUCGGGACGCCCGUUCCGCCAAGGCCGCAGCGGCCGAGCCCGCCAGUUUCCCGCCUACUCUGUUUAAUCGCCGGGCGAAAAAAUAUCUCUGGAGCGUCUCAACCGGGUCGGCCGGCAGGGGAAACGCGCUCGCUUCGGCCUCGCCUCCUGUCUUCCCCUUUAGUCGCUCUCCUUGGCGGUGGCGCCGGAGAUGAGCCAGCGGCCGCCUCCUGUGCCUGCGAAGCGGAGAAGGCGAAGUCCUCGGUCGACCUCCGCCGCUGGCGCCUCCUGCUCUUGUUGGUCUCGUUGCUGUAGACACCGCCGGGCGGGCGAUGUGGAGCUUCGGGGCCGCCGCGUUACAGCUGCUCUCGCGGGCGGCCAAAUACGCCUUUGCCCAGGGAACCCGGCAGGACUUGAGCCGCUGGCUCUCCCGACUAGGGGAGGCGCCGGGUGAGGCGGCGGGGAGAGGAGGAGGAGCCGCCGCGGAAGGGCUUGUUUGGGGCGAGCAGAACGGGGUGCAUCACUAUCCUCCUCCACCUCAGCCUUCCCAGGAGCCGUCGGUGGAGAUCCUGCUGUGCCAGCUGCCCGAGGUGGGGCCCGGCUUGGCCGAGGGCAGGACGUGGCGCUGCUCGGGUUGCCUGCUGGGCACCUGCUGGUGCAAGAGUUGCCUGAGCGUGUGCUUCUUGGCGGCGCUCUGCUUCGCCUCGCUCGCCCUGGUGCGCCAGUACCUACGGGACCUGAUGCUGUGGGCUGAGAGCUUGGACAGCCUGGCCAGCGUGCUGCUCUUCACCGUGGGCUUCAUCGUGGUGUCCUUCCCCUGCGGCUGGGGUUACAUCCUGCUCAACGUGGCCGCCGGCUACCUCUAUGGUUUCGUGCUGGGCAUGGGCCUCAUGGUGCUGGGGGUCCUCAUCGGCACUUUCUUCUCCCAUGUAGUCUGCAAGAAACUGCUGGCACAGUGGGUGCUGGCUAGGAUCCAGGGCAGCGAGAAGCUCAGUGCUGUCAUCCGUGUGGUAGAGGGAGAAAGUGGCCUCAAGGUGGUGGCUCUGGCCAGGCUCACUCCUAUACCCUUCGGGCUCCAAAACGCAGUCUUUUCUAUAACAGAUCUUUCAUUACCAAACUACCUGAUGGCUUCUUCCAUUGGAUUGCUUCCAACUCAGCUUUUAAAUUCCUAUCUGGGCACCACCUUGCGCACUAUGGAGGAUGUUAUCGCAGAACAAAGUGUUAGUGGCUAUUUCAUUUUUAGUUUACAGAUUGUAAUAAGUAUAGGCCUCAUGUUUUAUGUUGUCCACCGGGCUCAAGUGGAAUUGAAUGCAGCCAUAGUUGCAUGUGAAAUGGAAAUGAAGACAUCAUUUGUUCAAAGCAGUCUACCAAGCAACAACAAUUCAUCAUUUUGCAACAAGAGGACGCUUGCAUUUUCUGGAGGAGGAAUCAACAUUGUAUGAGUUUCCCUUCCUCUCUUCUCCUAAAGUAUUCUAUUGACGUUUUUUGUGAACCCAACCUAUUGCCUAGACAUCUCAACAAGACUGAAAUCCCAGACAGUUGGAGGAUGCAUUACAGUUCAAACCACCCAGGCGGUUUUUAAAUUGCAAAAUGGGUGACUUUUUUUGUAAGGUGGCUAGUUUAUUGUAAAUAUAGUUGUAAGUCUGGCUGCAUCUUUUGUAAUUAUUAUACGAGUCAUGGCCUGUAGUCUGCACUUUAGGUUUUGUUUUGUGAGAAAAAUGCCCCUGAAGCAUUUUUUUCUGCUUAGCAUUAUUUAUAAGGCUGACUAAUAAUAUACAGCAGAUACUGGUGAAUGAGGGUAAAGUAUGCAAUUUCAUGUACAGUACUAUUGAAUGUGCUUGGCUUUCAAAAUAUUUCCAGAAAGCAGUAUAUUCUUCUCUCACAAACGAGAGCAAUCUAGCACAGCAUUGGAAAGGCAUAACCAGCCCUUCCUGAGGAGGAGGGCUCUCCUCUGGUAUCCAUAGUCAUUUUCCUGUCUGCGACAGGUUACAGGGUUUUUCCACAGUCUUUGGGAAACCUGCUAAAAAGGAAAGUGUUGGAGCAUUUUUGCUGUUUUAGGAACCAUUUGACUUGCUUCUUUAAUUUCUUGAGGGGCUCUGGAGAACAUGUUACAAAUAUUAAGUUGAAUGUAUUUUUAUAUGCCACUGAAAAGUUGUGGGAGCAAUUCAUGAAUUAUGAGCCAUUCAUAAUUUUUCACAUAAAGUUUAAAUCCUACAUUGUGGGACUGAAGUGCUCUUAUAUAACAUUUUAAGUUACACUGUGUAAUAUGCAAAGUAAAAGAAAAACUACAGAGUACUUGAUUGUGGCAAAUAGCAGUCUGAGGGAGAACUUUUAGGUGAAAUGCAAGUCUUUGACCUGGCUUUAUCAUCCUUGUGAGUAACAAAAAGGGCUCUUCCAUUACUAUCCCAUUUCUAGGUAGAUAAAAGAGUUUGAGGUGCGUAGAUAGCUUCACUUUGUACUGCGCACCAUAAAGUUUGCAAAAUAGGAGGAACUAAAUCUGUCUGAAAAUACUAUGGUACUAACAAAUAAAGUGGCCUUUAUAAGGAAGACCUUUUGGUUUUUCUUUGAUAAAAGCUUUAAAAAUCAACACAAUUCCUCCCUAAUGUUUUCCUCUGGUCAUCAAGUGAUGCCCUUCUGGUAUAGGUUUUGUGCAGUACUUUGGUACUUGUACCAGUGGAAUGCUGUGAAGAUUGCAUGUGUCCCUUUCUUCUUUGCAUGUGUAUGGAACAUUCGCAAAAAUUAGGAAAAACAAGUUUUCCAUCUUAUAAAAUAAAUGACUAGAAAAGGGCAGAAAUGUCUUUUGAGGCUCAGGAAUCUGUAAAUCUUUUAAAAAGAAUAUAUUCUGUAUGAUGUGAUGGACUCUCCACAGAAGAGUCACGAAGUUGCUUCUUUGUGGGUUUGAACAGACUGGAAUAAGCCUAAUUGUGCUUGUGUGCAUCAAUACCAUAUGUGUAUACUCACAAAAUGCUUCACAGAAGUUGGAACCAGCACAAAAUUACUUUGAACUCAAAUAACCAUAUUUUUGUCUUAAUUAGUUUGUUCUCAACAAUAAAGUACAUUUCUGGCUGUUAA